GAAGGAUAACAGAGGGCGUCUAACCGACGCAAGGGUGUACACUUUGAACCUGAGGCAGGCAACGUGCCCCCUAUAUAAGGCGCGCAAGCCUCAGAAUCCGCGCCAGAAGAGGUCCCGGCGCCAGAAGGGCACCUCACCGGGUAGUUUGUGUCAGCUCCCGGCGCCACCCAAGAAUCGUCACGAGCCCCAGAGAAUAGUCUGUGGACUCUCUAGACUUCAUCGACAGCACUGCGAACAUGGAGCAUAAUUUCGGGAGCAGCCACUACGACACCGGCUACCGCAACCUGGGUGUCAAUGAGGAAGAGGAAGAACAGUAUGAUGUGAAGCCAAUCGUGGCCUCGUCGGUUAUAAUGGGAGGAGAAGAGGAUGCACGGCCCGAAUCUGAGCGCGAAGCGGCGGCCGCAAACCACGUUGGCGCUGGAGAGCCGAAUCUCUUGGACGGCGAAAACCAGGAGGAUGGCCCUGGCUAUGGCCUGGAGCUCCCGCAGCAGCAGGAGGAGCCGGCCCCCCCGGCCGUGGAGGGGCCACUGAUCGUGGAGAGAAAGCACCGCCGCAGCCGCAUCGCAUUCACCCAGUUGCAGCUGCAGGAGCUGGAGGGCGUUUUCCAUCGCACUCAGUACCCUGACGUGUUCGCGCGAGAAGAGAUUGCAGGCCGUCUGAAUUUGACUGAAGCCAGAGUACAGGUUUGGUUUCAGAACAGAAGAGCCAAGUGGAGAAGACACCAGAGAGCCCUGAUGUUUAGAAAUCUGGCCCCUGUUGCUUUGGGCCAUCCUGUGGGGGUGAUCCUUGAUGGGCCCUAUCCUGCACUCCCUAUUCUAGAGCCAGGAUGGAGAUGUGUUCCUCUGGUGCCUCAGGGGCUCAUGCCUCCUGGGCUACCCCUACCACCUGUGCUCCCUGGGCCACCUCUGCCCCCUGGGCCACCCAUGAUGCCUAUGCUUCCCCCACCACCUGUGCCUCCCAUUGCUCUGGCCCCCAUAGGUAUGGCAUGGGCCCCUGUCAUCAAUGGUCAUUUCGCAGGUCCCAUUUUCUGAAGUAUAGUCUUUAUGACAAAUUUCCCAAAGUACUUUUUCUGCCAGAUAAAAACUGCUUUGCACAACAUUGAGUAAUUCCUUAAAUAUCUGUUAAAUGAAUUGAAUAACAACAAAAUCAAUGCCUGUUGUUCUUGUAGAGCAUGUUGUAUUUUCAAUAAAGUUGCGAU